CUUACAUCGCCAGAACCAACAGUGAAAACAUGGAAGAUCCGAGCGAGAAAAGGAACGUGGCCUACAUCGCCAGAACCAACAGCUUGAGUGCAAAUGAACCGGAUGAGAAGAGGAAUGUUGCUUACAUUGCAAGAAUGAACAGCAAAGCCUUGGAAGCCCCAGACGAGAAGAAGAACGUUGCCUACCUCGCUCGCACCAACAGCCUGAACGGCGGCCCUCCCGACAACAAGAGAAACGACGCCUACGUCGCCAGGAGGAACAGCAGCGACCUCGACGCCCAGGACGAGAAGCGCAACGUCGCCUACUUGGCCAGGACCAACAGCAAGACCAUGGAGGACUCGCCCACCGAAGACAAGAGGAACGUGGCUCACUUCGCCAAGAUCACCAGCGACAAUCUGACCUCGAACGACUCGCUGGAGGCCGAGAAGCGCCACCUCUCGAGCCUCGCGCGGGCCAACGACCUCCCCAUGAUCAAGAGUCAAGAGAAGCGCUACCUCGGGGCCCUCAUGAAGAGCCACCCGCCCUCGUUCAUCGGCCAAGGGAAACGCUAUUUCGCCGCCCCCUUCGCCGCCUACCGCAGUAGAAACGACUAUGACAAGCGGUUUUAUGGUUCGCUCCUGAAGGCCGAGACUCCCUUCCUGCCUUCAGACAUGAAAGCCGAACAGGACAAGCGACACAUAGCCUCACUGAUCAAGAGCCAGUCACUGCCCUUCUACCCAGACAAGCGCUACUAUGCCUCACUCCUGAAGAACAGGGACUAUUUCCUGCCCUCGCAAGGCGAAGACCACGACCAAGACAAGCGUUACUAUGGCUCCAUCCUCAAGAACCUCCCCGGGCCCUUGGGAGACGAGGACUACAUAGACAAGCGCUACUACUCCUCUCUCCUGAAGAACCUUCCCCCAGCCGACCUGUCCAAGAACGUGGAGGAAAAGUCGUCCAAUGGCUUGAUUGCGAAUAAGAGGUACUUGGCGUCGCUACUGAAGAGCAGAGACAGCGGCCUGUUCACCCAGAACAAGCGACAUAUUUCCUCUCUUUUGAAAGGCAAGAAGUCGGACGAUUCCCUCGAUGAGAUCGAUGAAGAUAAGAGGUAUUAUGCAUCUCUGCUGAAAGAUAAGAAGUUUGAUGAUUCCGACGACCUCGAGACGGAGAAGCGCUAUCUUGCCUCACUUUACACCAAAAAAUCUGAUGACGACGAAUACAACGAAGAUAAACGGCAUUACGCUUCUCUUCUCAGCAAGAAGUCGGACGAUGCCGUGGAAGAGACCAGUGAGGACAAAAGACACAUUGCUUCCCUUCUGAGCAAGAAAUCUGACUUUACGGACGAGAUCAAUGAGGACAAGCGAUAUUUUGCUUCACUCCUGGACAAAAGAGACGAGGAUUCAUUUGAGGACAACAACGACGACAAGCGCUACUAUGCCUCGAUCCUUCAUAAGAAAUCGGAAGACUCUUUUGACGAGACGAGCGAGGAAAAGCGACAUUACUCGUCCCUCCUGAAGCACAUCGCCUACGAGAAUGCCCUCGACGACGUCCUGCAGAAGCUCAAGGACACUGGGGAUCAGAUGAAUACAGAAAAGAGGUACUACGCCUCUCUGCUUAACAAGAGAUCCGACUCCGAGGAGGACCAGGAGGACUCGCCUUACGAGAAGAGGUACCUGGCCUCGCUCCUCAAGCACAAGAACUCGGACGACUUCACCGACGGCGCCGAGAAGCGUUACUUCGCCUCCCUUCUGAAGGACCGGGAGAACGACCUGCAGAAGCGUCACCUGGCGUCGGCCCUGAGAGCCUACGGCGACCCCACCGCCGGGAAACGGUACUUCGCCUCCCUUCUGAAGCACAAGGACGCCGACGAAGACGACCUCGAGGUAAUUAAGCGCUACUACGCGUCCAUCUUGAAGAGGUCCGAUUCCGCGGACGCGGAUGAAGCCUCGCAAGAGGAGACCAGCGACAUGGGCUACGAUGACCAGUUCAAUGACGUGGAUAACCUGGUCGACGCUCAGGACCAGGAGAAGAGGCACAUUGCGUCUCUCCUGCAGAGCAAGUCUUCCCUGAAAUCGUUCGAUGACAAGAGACACAUCGCGUCCCUCAUGCAGAACCGCCAGUCUGCCUUCGGACCCAGCACGGGCAAGCGCCACAUCUCCUCCUUCAUGCGGAACAGGCAGUCGAGUUUCAGCGGCGGUCCGGUGUCCGACGACGCCAAGAACCACCCGAGGCGCAAGCGGUACGUCGGUUCCCUCGCCAAGAACAACGACCUGGCCUUCCUGUACUCGCGGUCCCGCCAGAACCGCCGCGAGGCACCCAACACCCGCGAGGACAACGUGGCCUACCUGGAACGCCUCAUCCGCCUCAAGAUCCAGAACGGACUCAUGCGCGAGAAGCAGCGCCAGAACCUCCUCGGAGCCAACGCCAAGAUGUACGUCAUCCUCGACGACAUCGGCAACGGCCUGACCCUCGAGGACGACCGCGGGCAGGGUGACAAGAGGAACAUCCAGGCCCUGGCGAGAAACGGGGCCUCGUACGCCAACUGGGCCGGGAAGCGACUCGGCGAAGACGACGAGAUGGCCAGGAACGCCUACUACCCCGCCGACGUCUACUACCUGGCGACGGAGGAAGCGGCGCCGAGGACCCUCAACAAGCGCUUCCUAGGCUCCCUCGCCCGCAGCAGCUGGUUCCCCCGGCAGUACCGCAAGGAAUACGACGGUUCCGACAUCAGGAAAAGAGCCUCUCCUGCAGAAGGUCUCCGGGCCGUGGACGACGAAGAGGAGGACGAGAACAACGCGGUCGACAUGGCCAUGGGAGACACGGGCGCCUUCUACACCUACGACUUCUGAUCGCCUUCGACAUCGACUCGCUCACUCGCUGGGAUGCCGAGUGGGCGGGGGCGGUCGAGGCGGACGUCGAGCUCACUGAAUCCCCUUGUUUACUUUCUGUCGCAUCGAUACUUUGUAACCCCAGGAACAUUGUAACCCGAAGUGUAUCUCUGUUAUUUAAUGACAGAUGAA